AUUUAGCGACCGCUCACAACGAUCAGUUCUCUUCGGCAACGCGAGCGUGUUACAACUUCCAGCAUUCGUUAAGCGGCAAAACGCAUGCGCAAAGUCACAAUUUACCAACACAAACGCAGCGCGGCACACACACAAUGCCAACAAGUGCUAUAGGUAAGCGACGCGCAUGUGCGCGUGUGCAGUAGUAGAGAAGUUGAAAAUCUAUAUGUAAAAUGUCGGGUGAAAAAAUGCAGAAAAUUGUGUACGAGAAACGGGAAAAUUCUGAAAAUUUCUAUGGAAAAGUGUUUUAAUACAAAUGAGUUCUGUUUUUUAAAACAAACAAGCGCUUGUGAAGUGCGUGGAGCUCAAUAAAAUUGUCUGAAAAAAGCAACAAAAAUAAAUGCGACAACUACAAAAAUGCGCAAAGCUGUGAGUGUGUGUGUAAGGAAAUAAGAGAAGUGUACAAAAAUUCCAAUAGUAAACGUGUCGUCACAGCGCCCGAAGCGGCGAAGUGUGUGUAAAAACAGAAAACGAGUGCGAAAAAGUGUAUGCGAUUUUUGUUUGAAGCAAACAAGAAAUGUUUAUUGAAAAUGAGAAUAAAAUUAUUAGAAAAUUUGUAUAAAAAUGCUUUUGCAGCAUAAAAUUGUAGUAUAAAGGCAUAUUGGCCUUGCAGUGGUGUGUUGAAGCAGUGUACACACGUUUUGUGGCACACAUUCCUAUAACAAGUAAUACAAAUACACAAACAUACACAUAUAUGUAUAUAUAAAGUGUAAGUUUGAAUUCGCACGCAGUUGAAGGCGCACUUGUGGCGUGCAGUUCUAGUAUUUCACGCUAAAGCAAACAAAAAUAGUAAAAUAAAAAUGUGGCAAUAUCUUUCUGGGGUCUACAGAUAGUAUCAGCUGCUUAAAAUAUUAUAUACAAAUACAUGCAUUAUUAUUCGUCAGUUAAACUACAGUCAUAAUCACAUCAAUGACGAACUAUGAGAAUUUAUUGAAUUUGCCGCUCAAUUGCAAUGCAAAUGAAAAUAGCGGCGGUCUGGCAACACAGGAAAUUAUAAAGAUGUCGCAACGAGACUUUUCGGAGAAUGAGCCCGAAUGCACACCAGAGCUGCCGGCCGCCAACCGCGCACUAUUUCUGGAGAAGGUGCGCCAAUCGAACGCCGCCUGCCAGAGUGGCGACUUUGUCACUGCCGUCAUGCUCUAUACCGACGCGCUGCAGCUGGAUCCCGGCAACUAUAUACUCUACAGCAAUCGUUCGGCGGCACGCCUCAAGCAGGGUCAGUUCGCGCUCGCACUACAGGACGCCACAAAGGCACGCGAAUUGUGUCCGCAAUGGCCGAAGGCGUACUUUCGGCAAGGUGUCGCACUGCAGUGUCUGGGUCGUUAUGGCGAGGCGUUAGCUUCAUUUAGCGCUGGUCUGGCGCAAGAUACACAACACAAGCAGCUGCUGGCCGGCCUGAUGGAGGCGUCAGUGAAGAGUCCGCUGCGUCAUGCGCUGGAACCCACAUUUCAACAACUGCGCGCCAUGAAUCUGGAUCAGUCGCCAUUCGUGGUGAUAUCUGUGGUGGGACAGGAGCUACUACAGGCUGGUCAAUAUCAUUCGGCGGUCACGGUAUUAGAGGCAGCCUUGCGCAUUGGUUCCUGCUCGCUAAAAUUACGAGGUUCUGUUUUCAGUGCCUUAAGUUCGGCGCAUUGGGCGCUCAAUCAGUUAGAUAAAGCCAUUGGUUAUAUGCAGCAGGACUUGGCGGUGGCAAAAAGUCUUGGCGAUACUGCAGGAGAGUGUCGCGCACAUGGUAAUCUCGGCUCGGCUUACUUUAGUCAAGGUUCAUAUAAGGAAGCGCUCACUGCGCAUCGUUACCAACUUGUGCUCGCGAUGAAGUGUAAGGAUACACAAGCCGCCGCCACUGCACUCACGUCACUGGGACACGUUUACACCGCUAUUGGUGAUUAUCCCAAUGCCUUGGCCAGCCACAAGCAAUGUGUGCAACUGGUGAAACAGAUCGGGGAUCGUUUGCAGGAAGCACGUGAGAUCGGCAAUGUCGGCGCCGUUUACUUAGCAAUGGGUGAAUUCGAUUCUGCCGUCGAUUGUCACACACAACAUUUACGUCUCGCGCGCAAAUUAGGCCACCAAGUGGAGGAGGCGCGUGCUUACUCCAAUCUCGGUUCAAGUCAUCAUUAUCGACGUAAUUUCGCGCAAGCAAUCACAUUUCAUGAGCAAGUGUUGCGCAUCUCAAAGCAACUGGGUGAUCGCAAUAUUGAGGCGCGCGCAUAUGCAGGGUUAGGACACGCAGCACGUUGCGCUGGCGACUGCGUGCAAGCGAAGAAGUGGCAUGAGAAGCAACUAGAAAUGGCACUAGCUGCGCGUGACAAAGUGGGAGAAGGCCGCGCAUGUUCCAAUUUGGGUAUUGUCUAUCAACUACUGGGAGAACACGACGCCGCGCUUAAGUUGCAUCAGGCACAUCUAACAAUUGCGCGGCAGUUGCAUGAUCGCGCCGGUAUGGGUCGCGCUUAUGGGAAUAUUGGCAAUGCUUACUCCGCCGCUGGACUCUAUGAAGCGGCCAUCAAAUAUCACAAGCAAGAAUUGACGAUCAGUAAGGAGGUGCACGAUCGCAGCGCUGAAGCAUCCACACAUGGCAAUCUCGCCGUUGCAUACCAAGCUUUGGGUGCACACGAUAUGGCGCUGAUGCAUUACCGCGCUCAUUUGAAUAUUGCGCGUGAACUAAAGGACACUGCGGGGGAAGCCUGCGCCCUACUUAAUUUGGGCAAUUGCUUCAGUUCACGUCAAGAGUUCGCUCAGGCGGUGCCCUACUAUGAACAGUAUUUAAUGCUCUCGCAGGAAUUGGGCGAUGUGGCAGCCGAGGGUAAGGCAUGUCACUUUCUGGGCUAUGUCCACUACUGCAUUGGCAAUUAUCGUGAGGCAGUGCGUUACUACGACCAAGACUUAGCGUUGGCGAAGGAUUUGCAGGAUAAAAUAAAUAUGGGACGCGCUUAUUGUAAUUUGGGUCUAGCGCAUUUGGCCUUAGGCAAUACGCAAGCUGCUUUGGAAUGUCAAAAAUAUUUCCUUGCGGUGGCGCACAUGACAAAUCAUCUGCCAGGCAAAUUUCGCGCACUCGGCAAUAUCGGUGACAUAUUAGUACGCACGGCGGAGCAUGAGGAGGCAGUUAAAAUGUAUCAGCGUCAACUUACACUUGCGCGACAUGCACGCGAACGGCCACUAGAAGCCGCUGCAUGUGGUGCCCUAGGCUUGGCUCAUCGACUCAUCAAGAAAUUCGAUAAAGCGCUCGGCUAUCAUACACAAGAGUUGGCGCUACGGCAGGAAAUGUCCGAUAUGCCUGGUGAAUGCAAAGCGCAUGGCCACUUGGGUGCCGUACACAUGGCGCUAGGUAACUAUCAGCACGCGGUCAAGUGUUAUCAGGACCAACUAGGGCGUGCGCAAGAACUCCAGGACUCUGGCAUCGAAGCGCAGUCUUACGGCAAUCUAGGCAUUGCCAAGCUUAACAUGGGUCUUUACGAAGAUGCCAUCGGCUAUUUGGAGCAACAAUUGGGCACACUGGAACGCGUUAAUAUGCCGACCACACAGCAUGAUCGCGCGCGUGCACUGGGUCAUCUGGGCGACUGCUACGAUGCCUUGGGGGACUUUGAGGAGGGCAUUAAGUGCCAUGAACGUCAUUUACAACUCGCUACUGCACUGCAAAGCUAUCGCGAUCAGGAACGCGCUUAUCGUGGACUCGGGCAUAGUCAUCGCGCGCUUGGUAAUCUGCAAGAAGCGCUUGUAUGUUUAGAGAAGCGACUGGUUGUGGCGCACGAACUUGGUAGUCCUGAAGUGAAAGCUGUUGCAUAUGGUGAUUUAGGAAAUAUACACUCAGCGUUAGGUAACUACGAACAGGCUGUCAACUGUCUAGAACAUCAGCAAGAAAUCGCACGUGAGCUGGGCGAUCGCGCUUUAGUUUCGGAUGCCACUAGCGCCUUGGGUAAUGUCUAUCAACGUAUGAGUGAUGCUGAUGGCGCUCUACGUUUGCAUAAAAUGGAUUUAGAAAUGUGUGAACACUUGGGCGCUGGUGCCUUACAAGCGCGUGCUUGUGGAAAUUUGGGCGCAGUUUACGAAUCUAUACGCAGCUUUGUCGAUGCGGUAAAGUUCUAUGAGAAGCAACUGUCGCUGACAGCAGAUCGGCUCAGCAAAGCAUAUGCUUGCGGUUCUCUUGGACGUGUUUUCCAUCAAAUGGGUCAGCAUACACAAGCUAUUAACUAUCUGCGUCAGGGUCUGUCGAUCGCGCAAUCUAUCAACAAAUCGGAAGAGGAGGCCAAAAUAAGAUAUCAACUCGGUCUUGCUCUACGCGCUUCCGAUGACAAUGAAGACGCGCGCACCCAAAUGGAAACUGCCGCACAGCUGCUGGAGUCCGUGCGUUAUGAUCAACGCAGUCCAGAAGGUCGUACUACACUUUUCGAUCUGCAAACGUCUUGUUAUCACAUCCUACAACAAAUACUUGUCGCUACACAACGUAAUGAAGAUGCCUUGGUGGCCGCUGAACGCUGCAAAGCGCGUACCAGUCCAGACACGAACAGUAUCUCUCGUAAAACAACCAUUACUUGCAGCGAGUCAAUCUAUGACAUUGUUAAUCGCACCAAAACCAACGUGCUAUACUUUAGUUUGGCUGGCGAUGAGCUCUACGCUUGGUUCCUCCAGCCACAGAAAGGAAUUGUGCGUUUCCAUGUCGUGCACAUAAAUGAAGAGACUCUUAAGAUAUCCACUGAGAAGCUUACAGAGCACUCUAAGAAUACACAGCGAAAAGGUAGUCUCCUGGAACGCUACAUAAACAUGGUACGCGAUAAUUUAGGCGUCAACUCAGAUAGUGUUCUACUCGAAGGCGAUGGUAGUGGAUGGCGCUCGAGUUCCGAAAAUCUACUCGAUGAUUUUACCAACGAACGUAGCGGUUUUCUGCGUAUGGUCAAUCGUAACCAUUUAAUGAAUUCGUCCAACUACUCACUGAGUUCUUUAUUCAGUUUGGGCUCAGUUGGUGGUUCAGUUGCAAGUCUACAAGGCUCUACACGAUCCAUAGGAAGUCUACAGGGUUCUACACGCUCACGUCGUGCACCCACUUUGCCCGCAUGGCAGGGUCCCACUUGUUUGCAUACACUCUAUAAUCUACUGUUGGAACCAUUCGACGAUUUGCUACCAUCAGGUUGUUCAGUUUCCCGACAAGGACGAAAGGAGCUUAUUUUGGUGUUGGAAAAUGAACUUUACUUAGUGCCAUUCGCCAUAUUACGCAGCUCCAAAGAAGACGGCGAAUACUUGUCGGAACGCUGUUCCAUAAUUACGAUACCCUCAUUACAAUCGCUGCGUUUGAAAAGUAAAAUCUUACGCACUCGCGAACUAACAGAAAAUCUUAGCACCGCUUUAGUAGUCGGGGGUCCACGCAUACCUUCCGUACUUUCCGAAACCUGGGGUUGGUCCGAGUCACCUGCUUCGUUGCAAGAAGCCGCUAUGGUUGCUGAUAUGCUACAAGCAAAGGCCAUUGCGGGUUGUAAUGCGACCAAAGAAGCAGUUAUAUCCGAGCUGCCGACCGCAGAAUGCGUGCACUUUGCCGCUAAUCUCAGCUGGAAACUGGGAGCGGUGGUGUUAAGUCCAGGCGAUGUCGUAGAUUCGCAAACGCAGAAACGUUAUUAUCAAUCCACGGCCAGUGGUGGCGCCCAGGAGGAAGAAACUAAUGAGCUUUCUGGUGGCAAUAUAGAGUUGCCACAGCUCUCCGACUUUAUACUGUCCGCAGCUGACGUGUUAACUAUGAAACUCAACGCCAAGCUGGUUGUGCUGAGCUCUUAUCACUCGAUCGAACCAAUUACCGGUGCAGGUGUUGCCAACUUGGCAGGUAGUUGGCUAUGUGCUGGUGCGGGUGCCGUACUUAUAUCUCUGUGGCCUGUGCCAGAGACAGCUGCCAAAAUACUCCUGCGUGCGUUUUACUCCGCACUCUUACAAGGGGCACGUGCCGCUAGAGCUCUCGCCGAAGCCAUGCAGACCGUCCAACACACAAAACAUUUUGCUCAUCCGGCUAACUGGGCUGGGUUCCUUCUAAUUGGUGGUAAUGUGCGACUCUCCAACAAAGUUGCCAUGAUGGGAAAUGCACUGUGUGAAUUAAUGCGUACGCCCGAUAAAUGCCGUGAUGCUCUACGCGUCUGCUUACAUCUGGUUGAAAAGAGCUUACAACGCAUACAUCGCGGUCAAAAGAAUGCAAUGUACACAACACAGAAGAGCAUCGAGAAUAAGGCUGGACCGGUGGGUGGUUGGAAGGAUCUACUGAUGGCAGUAGGUUUUCGCUUUGAGCCUGCCGCUAAUGGUAUACCAUCAAGUGUUUUCUUCCCACAAUCCGAUCCGGAAGAUCGUCUUUCACAAUGUUCCGCAAGCCUGCAGGCAUUAUUGGCACUAACGCCGCUCACUUUACAAGCGUUAGCGAAGUUGGUCAAUAGCGCCGAUGUGGCAGAUGAUAUUAUUACACUGAUCAGAAAUGUUUUGGCACAAUUUCCACCCAAAGGCGCCGCCGAAACGGAGGCCUGCAUAGAGAUACCAUUAAGUGUGCGUCUAUGGCGCGUUGCCGGUUGUCACGAGCUUUUAGCAUCCAUUGGUUUUGAUCUCACAGAGGUUGGUCAGGACCAGGUAACACUACGUACAGGCAAACAGGCGAACCGACGUAACUGUCAAUUCGUAUUGCAGGCUUUAUUGGCACUAUUUGACACCCAAGAGGCACCGAAGAGCCUAGGUUUGGACUCGUCCAGCAGUUGUGAGUCGCUUGCUGAUGAAACACAUGCCGAUUUACAAGUUUCUGUAUCUAAUCCCGCACUCGCGUUAACAUCCACUCCUACAGCGACUACAUCCCAUCUCUCGACAGAUACCAGUAAGCCCUUGGGACUUGGUUUACCAUUGCCGCCACUUAAUCGUACGCGCGUGAUCAGCAGCAGCGGCAGCGCGUUUAUAUCAUAUGUACGCCGACGCGGUGAACCUGAUGGUGGACGUACCGAUACCGAAUCAAUACCAAGCGCAGCAGACAGUGCUGGUUCAGCCCUCUAUCCCACACAGGAUUCUAGCUUGGCCAACACUACCGACAGCGAACUUUCAGAUGGCUACAUCUCGCAAGCGCAUAUUAACAAGACCACAGGACCACGUUUAGGUUAUUCCAGCUUGCGUGCGCCAGUACGUGUGUCACGUCCUGGUGGUGGUGGUGAAAGUGAUGCCGCGUUUACGCCUAGUCCUCCAGUGACUACUCAAAACCCAGUGGAGCAGAAUGUCUCCAUGGCGUUAGCUCAUCAAACUCGUAUACGUAACCUUUAUUCAAGCGCAGGUAUGAACUAUCUAGGUGAUAGUGUCAUACCAGAAAUGAGUGUUGUCCCGAGUGGCAUUUCCCGACGUCCAGACAGCUCCAGCUCGGCUAGUUCCACCACUGAUUGGGAAAUAUCGGGUCAUGCAACGGUCUUACGCCGUAACAACCAACCGCCACCGCAUCCUGGUCACAUGCCACCACUACCACCACCUAGACAAAACCUACCGUUGGUCGACAGUUUACGGCCGGUACCACCAAUGGCACCUGUCUACAACAACCUCGGUCCCACCACAUCGUUGGGCGGCCCAACCAUGUUAUCAGCUAACUUAGAGUCUACAAGUUCUGAAUCGGAAAUAGAACGUGGACUUGAAUUAGCUCAAACACCGAUGUCACACUUUCGGCUUAAACCUAAAAUUAAACUGGGUAACGCACAGUCAUCGGUGGCUGCACGUCUUAGCAAAGAACAUGCACUUUUCAUGGAUCGACUCAAUAUACGUUCAGAAGCUCCCACUAAUAUGAAUGUGAAUCAUCAAGGUGCUUCUGGCACAGCCGGCGCACUAGCUGGUAGUCGCAAGCCUUUAAGUCUGCCUGAAGAAGACGACAAUGCGCUCAUUGUAAACGCAUCGAAUCUAUACUUCUCACAAGCCGACACAGAGCUGCUGAAUGAGGCAAAGAAGGACCUCAAAUCAGCAGCAACCAAUGCUACGACGGCGAUAAAUAGUCAAAGUGUCGCAUCCAAAGAGGCGAGCAAAGUGAAUCAGAAGAGCAUACAAGACUCGAUAAUGCGACAUAUGAAUCGUGAAACACCCACCAUCUCUGAGGUAUAUCACGAACGUAAUCUGGGUCUAGGCCUAGCGCCACCACUCUCUAAAUUACUGCUGAGCAAAAACUACGAUGACGAGCCCAGUGUGAGUAGCAGCAGCAGCAAACUCAGUAACACCUGCACCAUAAAGAGCAUUGUUGAUGCUGUCAAUGAACUGGAACUCAGCGGCACCUCCUCCUCAUCGUCAGUCAGCACGGCUAAUACGAAAACAAUGAAUAUACCACCACACAACGCAGCAAAUAGCAACAACAACCCCACUAUUGUCAGCAGCAACAGCUGUGGCGCUACUAACCCAAGCAGCAGUAACAACAAUGGAAGCAUGCACAAUACCGCCGCAUCCACAAAAGAAACUUGCUCCAUAUGCGGUGAACCGGCAGACAUAAUUUGUCGGUGCAAAGCUGCCACUGUGCAAAAGAAAGGCACACUCAAACCCUGGCUAAGCAAUGUACCCUCGAGUAUAGUAAAAGCAAGUGAACUGACCACAGCCGACAUAUUGGAACGACAGCAUAAGAUCAAAAUGAAUGUGGGUACGAUCAAAACGAAAUCUGAAGUCGUGACGAGUAUGACUAUGACAAAUGUUAAACGCGCCAGCAGUCCAUUCAACGAGUACUGUCGACGGGACGAAGGAGAUGGCAGAUCCGUAGCGGACUCACAAUGUAGCAGUACUUACAAAACUGCGGCGGCUGUAUUGGGUAAUAAUGGUAAUGCGAAUAGUAAUGGAAAUAGCAAUGGAAAUGGUGGUGUAGUGAUUAGCAAGGAUGGCACGAAAAGUGCAACACAAACCGGAGGAAAUACUAUGUUGGGUAGAAAGAUGUGAAAAAAUAUGGACAAUAGAAUCGGGUCUACCUAAACUGUAUUAAUUUAAGGUUCAAGAAGUGGCGGUACUCGAAAAAUGUAAUCAAAAUAUUGAGACUAAUAUAAAUUGGAGGUAUUGCAGAUAUCUCCACAGUUAAAACACUGUAAAAGAGACUGCAA